AUGCAGCAGGUUCUACUUGCUGUCAAGCAGCAUCAGACCUUCACGCAGCCACAGACCUUCACGCAGCAGGUUCUACUUGCUGUCAAGCAGCAUCAGACCUUCAUGCAGCAGGUUCUACUUGCUGUCAAGCAGCAUCAGACCUUCACGCAGCCACAGACCUUCAUGCAGCAGGUUCUACUUGCUGUCAAGCAGCAUCAGACCUUCACGCAGCCACAGACCUUCAUGCAGCAGGUUCUACUUGCUGUCAAGCAGCAUCGGACCUUCACGCAGCCACGGACCUUCACGCAGCACGUUCUACUUGCUGUCAAGCAGCAUCAGACCUUCACGCAGCCACAGACCUUCAUGCAGCAGGUUCUACUUGCUGUCAAGCAGCAUCAGACCUUCACGCAGCCACAGACCUUCACGCAGCAGGUUCUACUUGCUGUCAAGCAGCAUCAGACCUUCACGCAGCAUCAGACCUUCACGCAGCCACAGACCUUCAUGCAGCAGGUUCUACUUGCUGUCAAGCAGCAUCAGACCUUCACGCAGCCACAGACCUUCACGCAGCAGGUUCUACUUGCUGUCAAGCAGCAUCAGACCUUCAUGCAGCAGGUUCUACUUGCUGUCAAGCAGCAUCAGACCUUCACGCAGCCACAGACCUUCAUGCAGCACGUUCUACUUGCUGUCAAGCAGCAUCAGACCUUCACGCAGCCACAGACCUUCAUGCAGCAGGUUCUACUUGCUGUCAAGCAGCAUCAGACCUUCACGCAGCCACAGACCUUCACGCAGCACGUUCUACUUGCUGUCAAGCAGCAUCAGACCUUCACGCAGCCACAGACCUUCAUGCAGCAGGUUCUACUUGCUGUCAAGCAGCAUCAGACCUUCACGCAGCCACAGACCUUCGUGCAGCAGGUUCUACUUGCAGCUUCAGACGAUGAAUAA